AUGGAUGGAGUUGGACUGGGCAUGCCAAAAGCAAGCAAAUCAGCUGCAAUCUUCGUCGCUCCAUUCAACUUGACCCCUAUAUUUAUGCCAAUUUCACCACUUCCGAAACCGCUCGUACGUUUCACCCACAAUCCUAAAGGCUCAGAGUGCGUACGAUUGUUUAAGGUCAACCCCCCGGAACUCCGGGGGGUGAAAACACCAUGGUCCACCUCGGGGUGCACAACGGGGUCGUUCGGCUGUAACACCCUUUCGGUGCCUAACUGCCAUGCCAUCAGAAGAAAGCACGAAAGCUGGGAUACUGCCAUGCUACUUAGACAGAAGUCGAGAGGUAGAGGUCAGGUUCGAACCACGGACCACCUGGUCAGUGACGUCGUGCUCCAACCAAUGAGCCAUCACGCCCUCCUUAAUAGAGGUAGAUUCGAGCUGCUGACCUCCGAGUCAUGCGCCCGCUAA